AUGCGUUUCUCGACCGUCCUCAUCGCUGCGGCGGCGACCCUCGCCGUCGCCAGCACCGAGGAGUCCGCCCCUUCCCUGGCUCUCCGCGACGCCGAAGAGCUCGAGGAGAGAGACGACGCCGAACAAUUCAUCGACGAGAGAAACCUCGACGAUCACCCGAAGCCCGGCGGCGGCGGUGGCCACCACGGAGGCAAAGGCCGAGGCCGACGUGAUGUCGAUGAUCUCGAGGUCAGGAGCGCCAUCAGACCUGGUGGUCCUCAUGGAGGUGGUGGUCGACCAAAGCCACCCAAACCGCACGGAGGAAAAGGCAAGCGUGAUGUCGAUGACUUCGAUCUCGAGGUCAGGAGCGCCAUCAGACCUGGUGGUCCUCACGGGGGUGGUGGUCCUCGACCAAAGCCACCCAAACCUCACGGAGGAAAAGGCAAGCGUGAUUUCGAUGACUUCGACCUCGAGGUGAGGAGGCUCAUCAGACCUGGUGGUGGCGGUGGUGGUCCUGCACCAAGGCCAGGCGGUGGAGGUCGCGGAGGCAGAGGCCGACGUGAUAUCGAUGACUUCGACCUCGAGGUCAGGAGCGCCAUCAGACCUGGUGGUCCUGGCGGUGGUGGUGGUCGACCAAAGCCCCCCCGCCCGCACGGAGGAAAAGGCAAGCGUUAUAUCGAUGAUCUCGAGGUCAGGGGCGCCAGGCCCAUCGGUCCUCAUGGAGGUGGUGGUCGACCAAAGCCACCCAAGCCGCACGGAGGAAAAGGCAAGCGUUAUAUCGAUGAUCUCGAGGUCAGGGGCGCCAGGCCCAUCGGUCCUCAUGGAGGUGGAGGCUCUCCUCGACCAAAGCCACCCAGCCCGCACGGAGGAAAAGGAGGCAAGAGACACUAG